AUGAUUUUCUCCUUAGAGGAGUUGGAGAAGGCAACAAACAACUUUGAUGAAACUCGUAUUGUAGGCCGUGGAGGACAUGGCAUGGUAUACAAAGGCAUCUUAUCGGACCAACGUAUGGUGGCUAUAAAAAAGUCAAAACUUGUUGAGGAAUCUGAGAUCAAUCAGUUUAUUAAUGAGGUUGUAAUCCUCUCCCAGAUAAAUCAUCGAAAUAUCGUGAAGCUCUUUGGAUGUUGUCUUGAAACAGAAGUGCCGCUCUUAGUAUCUGAUUUUAUCCCUAAUGGCUCUCUAUUUGAUGUUUUGCAUGGUGAGCCAACUAGUAGACUAUGUUUAUCCUGGGAUGAUUGUUUGAGGGUUGCUCAAGAAACUGCUGGAGCUCUCUGUUAUCUACAUACAUCUGCCUCGAUAUCGGUCUUUCAUCGUGAUGUGAAGUCCUCGAAUAUCCUGUUAGAUGGAAAUUUCACUGCUAAAGUUUCAGAUUUUGGUGCUUCAAGAACAGUUCCUAUUGACCAAACUCAUGUUACCACAAAUGUACAAGGAACAUUCGGAUACUUGGAUCCAGAAUAUUAUCAAACUGGGCAACUAAAUGAGAAAGGCGAUGUGUAUAGUUUUGGUGUGGUACUCAUAGAGUUACUUACAAGAAAAGAGCCUGUUUUUAGAAGUAAUUCAGGUUCAAAGCAAAACUUGUCCAUCUACUUCAUUACAGAGAUUAAAACAAAGUCAGUAAGAGAGGUGGUAGCCACUCAAGUUCUUGAAGAAGCAAGCGAGGAUGAAAUUUGUAUCAUUGCCUCUCUUGCGGAGACGUGUUUGCGUCUCAAGGGAGAAGAAAGGCCUACUAUGAAGCAAGUGGAGAGUACAUUACAAUAUUUGCGAACAAAAAGGUUGGCCUCAUGUCAUGUUGUUCAAAGGAGCGAAGAAGAAAUCCAACCACUUGUCUCUAGUUUUCAACCUUUCGCCAUUCAUAUGGAUGAUAAAUCUCAUUCAGAAGCAUCUAGUUCUUUCUUCAGUUCAGGGUGA